CAUAAGUGUUUGCGUACCAGUUGUCGUUCGUAGCAGUCACACGUUCUCAUUUAGCUUCCGGUCACACUCAACCAAGCCUCGCUUCUAAUAUUUCAUCCAUAUUUCAAGCCUCGUUCUGCCUUUCAUUGAUUUCUUUCCUGUAUGAGGAAACUGGCAUUGCUGAAAAUAUUGGGCAUCACUGUAAGGAAAAGCGAUACAACAGAGCUUUAUAAAGAAACACAUUUAGUUAAAGCUUUGCAAGGAAGACCUAUUCUAGUUACUGUACUUUGCAAUGUCUUUAAGGUUUGGCCAGCACCUUAUCAAACCAUCAGUCAUUUUCUUUCGAUCUGAACUCUCUUUUGCUCUGGUGAACAGAAAGCCAGUGGUGCCAGGUCAUGUACUUGUCUGUCCACUGCGUCCAGCAAAUCGCUUUCGAGAACUAAGACCCGAAGAAGUGAGUGACCUGUUUACAACUGUCCAGAAAGUGGCCAGCGUAGUGGAAUCCCAUUUUGGUGGUACCUCCCUCACUAUCUCUAUCCAAGAUGGUCCAGAAGCAGGACAAACUGUUAAGCACGUCCACGUACACAUCCUCCCCCGGAGAGCAGGAGAUUUUAAAAGGAAUGAUCAGAUUUAUGAGGAGCUGCAGGACCAUGACAAAGAAGGGCAGGACACUCCAGAUAAAUGGAGAUCUGAAGAAGACAUGGAAAAAGAGGCAGCUGCACUCCGGGAAUGCUUUUAGUUCUGCCAUUUAGGUGCUUGUUGGGUUGUUUUUUUUUCUCCAGUUGGGAUGCACUGAUUUAGCCAAUAAUUUAAAUAUUAAAGACGCUUCUAACAAAAACUGUUGGAACGUAAAAUAAACUGUGUAAAAGUAA